UGGCCCCGCAGUCACCGCCCGAGCCGUGCGCGAGCGAACGCGUGCCGAAUUCGCUCAUUCAAAAUUCGAACGUCCCGUGUUUAAAAAUCUUUCACACUGUUCGCGUGCGAGUGGGAUAGCGCGAUGGCGGAGGUGGAGUGGACGAACGAGGCAGCAAUACAACUGAUACAGGAGUAUGAGAAGAGACCGGAGUUGUGGGACACGAACCACACGCUGUACCGAGUGCACACGGCGAAGUACGAAGCGUGGUCGGACAUCGCCCGCGUGUUCGAAUGUGACAUGACAGAUUUGCGUAAGAAGUUGAACUCUAUCUUCGCGUCGCACCGGCGGGAGAAGGCCAAGGUCCGAUGUGGAGGGCGAUCGUCUUGGUUCCUCUACCCGUAUAUGAAGUUUCUGCCGAGUCAUAUAGAUAACAACGAUGUUACUCCGACACCAAAAGUCGACGUGAGACAGGUCCAAGAAUCAGAAGCAGAGGAAUCUGGCGAGUCAAAUGAUUCCUCUUCCGAUGACGAUAACGAAGAAGAACAACCAGUUCUAGUUAAAGUGGAACCCGAAAUAGUGCAACCACGCCCCAAGAGAAGAUUCAUACCCCCACCGACCUCACCAAACCUUUCUAGACAACCAAAACCAUUAAAACGGAGGCUACUCAAAGAGCCAACCAAGCCAACCAGCGAUCUAGACAGCAAACUCCUAGAAGCACUGAAAUUGCUUAAACGUUCAGAAUUAUCGAGAAAGAAAGAUGAGUGCGACUCCUUUGGCGAAUACAUUGCCACCUCUUUAAGAAAACACGAUGAGAGAACGCAGUCUAUGAUCAAGCAGGCGAUCAACAACAUACUAUUUGAACAGGAAAUGAAAAAGUACAGCGGAGGGCAGUACACCGUGGUACUGACGAAUAUGGAAGAGAACCCAUUAGUGUUAGGCGAUCAUGAGACUGACAAAUAGCGAGAGGCUGGUUUGAACGAUGAUUCAAACCAUGAUACUGACUGAUUUCAUAUUAAUUUGAAUAUGAGACAAAUGGAUUCUUAAAUCGAUCUAAAUAUUCCUGUAACUCUGAGCUUUGCUCUGUACAUCGUGGCGUAAUAGUUUGGAAUUGUUACAGGGCCCAGACCGUGGGCCCUGCGUUAACGGUAAUAUCAACGCAUACAUUUUACAGGAACGUGAUAUAAACGCCAUGGAAACUAUUAUUACCAGAGAUUAUUCAUAUCAAAUGCAUUAGACGUUUUAAUGUUUUGUGUGUCUAAUUUUUUAGUAUUCUACCGCGGCUUACAAUUUUUUCCCAAUUGGUGUUUAAGCGAUAUAACUAGGUAGAUUCUUCCGUUUCUUUUACCCAAUUCUGCGUCUAUAUGUUACCUAAUUUGUGUCACUACAUCUAUAUUAUCUUGUUUCCUAUAUUAAGUAUAAAAUGUUGAUAUUGUUCUACAUAAUGUAAUUAAUAUCAAAAUACAUGUAUUAUUAUCGAUAAGAUGUAAAACAUAGAUUAACAUCGACUUGGUGUCAAGCCUUACUAUUUAGAUUAACCGGACAGGCGUCCAUUGUGAUUUAUUUCCUAGAUUGUAAUGUUCCAAUGUAAAUAAACUAAACAGGGUCGUUAUUCAAAACGUCUUGAUAUUUUUGGAG